GCAAAACGUGACAUCCGUGUGUCUUGUUUUUUACUGUGCACCACUGUAAAGAUUUAAGUAACACUUUUAUAGUAAUAUCCUUUAAAUAUUUAAAGGAAAGUAAUGGAUUAAUCGAUUGUUACAACUUGAUUAUAUUUUAUACAUAUCUUAGUCAUGAGUUCGUGUUUGGUGUGGUUUUGAACAGUUAAAUUUAAUAAACAAGUAAAUUUCAUUUUCCCUGUUAGAUCGAGUAUUAAUCUAGAAAAUGAAAAGUGAUACAACAUAGCUUUGUAUCAAAAAAUUAAACUUUCAUUUUAUUAUGCUGUUGGAAUAUGGGUUGUUGUUUUAGUUGUUUCAAUAGUGGUGAUAAUAAAUCACAGUCAGGAGAACCAAAUGAACGUACAACUCUUUUGAGCAAUCCUGUAAGCAACAGUAUAAGCAGACCAUUAUUCAGUCAAGACUUUUCUGAUACAGUACCUGGUCAGUUUGGAGAUGAGCAAGCAGCAUUUAGUAAGAUAUUGCACAAAACUGCAGUUGAUAUAAUAGAUGUCUCUGCUGUUCCUCAUAUGAAAGUAGAAGAUUAUGGUGAGCGUAGUAUGCUGUACAAAAAAAGACUUCUUACAUUACAGUGGAAGUUUAUAAAAAAUGAAAGGCUUUUAUUAAAAGACUUCCCUCUCACUGAUGCAGUUUUAUCUGAAAAUCCACUUCAUUUAGCUGACAUGCGAAUGAUGAAUGAUGCUUUUAUUGAUGUCCAGCAAGCUCUAAGAAGUGUAGAAGUGGAACCUCAUGGAGAUCUUGUCACUAAAUUUGGUGUAUCAUAAAUUUUCUGUAAAAGAAUUUUAAUUAUUGACAUACAUUUCUAUUUUGUGCAAAUUAUUUUAUUUGAAGUUAUGCAUUUGUCUUUUUUUCCCCCUCUUUCUCUGUCUCUUCUUUCAAGUUAAAAAAAGUCUUAAAGCAUUUGUUGUGAUUUCUUUUGAGUAAAAUCUAAUUGGUGUUGGUUUAAUAGUUUAGUAUGAAAGUCUAAUUUAAAAGUGAUCACACAUUUAGUACAAAAGUGAAAUCUUUUGUCUCGAAGAAUUUCUCAGUGUUGAGUAUUUUUACCAUUGCUACUUAAUAUGUAUGAAAGAAAUCAUAUUUAAAAAGUUAAGUCAGCAUUGUAUAUUAUAUAAUAUAUGAAUUACUAUUUUUUUGCAAGCAUCUAUUUACAUUUGUUCCUACCAUACAAAUUAUAUACUGUUCAAAAAUACAAGAGCUUUAAGCAUUAAUUUUUUUGAAUGGAGGUAUUUUUUAAAUUUUAAUGUUGUACUUGUAAAGCUAUAGUGACUAUUUAAUUUUUUUAAAUUUCAUUUGUAGAACUUAAGUUUGAUGCUAAUAAUCAAACCAUUAUUAAAUUAGCUUCCAUGGUGACAAAAUGUUAUUGCAUAAAAUUGUUUAUUUGAGUAACAGAAAUCUUAGAAAUCAAAACUGUAUAUUGUAAAGUUUGUCAUUUUAUGACCUUUAAAAAUAAACUAUAUUUUAUAGACUGA